GACGAACAUUAUUUCCUAAUGUGUCGGAAAGUAUUUUUUAUCGUUAUCGGUACGGUCACGCUGUCUCUUAAUAAUUUUGCUUAUAUAUUUGCAAGACUUGAAUAUAGCAGCUAAAAUAAGUAUAGAAUAAAAAUUAUUCUUGAUCGGGUGUGAAGUUAACAACAAAACAACGCUUCAAUUAAUGGAUACAAGCACAGAUUUUAUAUAUACAUGUGUGCAUACAUAUGUAGAGUGCUUCGAAGCUUGAGAUCUAUUUAUACAUAGCGACUGAUAAAGGUGAAAAAUUUGAUUCCAUAUUGUUACUAAAUAAAGUAAAAAAAUUAAUGCAAUGGAAAAUACUGGUCGGCGACGAAACGUAGCAAGGGUUAAUGCAGAAGAUAAUGCAUUAGAUCAAAUAACAAAAGAGGCCGAGGCCCGUCUUGCAGCGCGCCGGCAGGCACGUGCUGAAGCCCGUGAAAUACGCAUGAGAGAACUGGAGCGUCAACAAAAGGAACAGGAACUCAAUGCUGACCGGGUGUUUGAUUUACAAAACAUAAGCGGAGGAAAUAUUGUCAUAGAUACCCAUUCGAAUAAUUCUCCACGGCUUAUAUACGGUGGUUUACUUAAUGCCACCCGUACUUCAGCAUCUCGUCGUAGUAGUGAGGACUCUUUGGAAGAGGACGGUAGAAGUUUUCGCGACUUCAAAAACGAGCUUAAAGACGUUGAAGAGCGCUUUAGGAAAGCCAUGAUAACAAAUGCGCAGUUAGAAAAUGACCGUGCAUCGCAAGUCUUUGAAGUUAAACUGCUAAAGGACAAAUGUGAAAUAAUACAAGAGUCUUAUGUUCAAUUGCAACGCGAAUUCAAGGAAAAAUUACGCGACUGUAAUUUGAUUAAACGAAACCUGGACCGCACAACUCUAGAGUUAAACUUGGUCCAAGGGCAGUUAAAUGAACGUGACCAUUUAAUAUCAGAACAUGGUCUUAUAAUUGUAGCAAUUGAAAAUUCGGAUGGCAGUGACGCUAAACGAGCUCUUGUUAGUGUUGAAAACGCAAAUGUUUUAGCGUCGGUUCAAGGUUCUUUAGAUGAUAGACUUAAAAAAUUUAGUGAUGAAAAACAGAAACUACUGUCUGAGGUGCAUCUGCUUCACAAACAACUUGAUGAACAUAAAAGUGGCGUUAUGGUUAGAAGUAGCUUUACACAUGGUGCUGAAGAAGAUUAUGAGACCCAAAGAGAAUCAAACAAAAUCAUAGCAGACUAUAAAUACAAACUCCAUAAGGCUGAACAAGAAAUAGCGAAUUUACAAUCGAGCUUAGCACGUUCAGAAUCGCAAGUAAUACGAUACAAAAGUACAACAGAAGCUGCCGAAAAAGUUGAAGCAGAGCUUAAAAUUGAACGUCGUAAGAUACAGCGGGAGCAUCGGGAAAUUUUAGAACGAUUGGAGGAAGCAGAGACUGCAAAUAAUCACUUGCUCAAGCGGCUUGACAAAUUAAAAAAUGCGAAGAGUGCCAUUUUGAAGGAUUUAUAAAUUAAUAAGCACAGUACAAUGUUUCAUCAGAUGACAUCACAAGAACACCAUCAAAAAUUAAAACAUCGUUGUUAAAUAAUGUUGACACUUGUUUUAAAAUAAAAUGUCCUAAAUAAAUGUGUUUUUAAUACUUCGAUGCCUACAAAGCGAA